AUGUUUAUCCUUUUAUUUCUGCCCCGAAACCAUACACAGGGACCAUUUUAUCUUUAUCAUAUUCCAUUAAAAUCGUUCCUACAGAAAAAAGCGCUCUUUAAUAUGCAUUAUAAUUAUUUCCUGUUUUUACUUCAGUAAGGAAAUGUAAAGAAUUCGGGUCUUUAAAAUCUCCAUUUAAAUUCGAAAAAUCGAUUCCUAUUUGUAAAUUAAUACAGGUUCCGGAACGUAAAUAGUCUAAAAAGGAAGGAAAAAUAAGUAAUUGACAUUUAUCAAAAAUAAGAAUUCCUGUUUCUUCAUUUUAGUUAUUUUUCAAUUUUUAAACUGCCUCUUAUCUUUCCUCAGUGUUUUGUUCAAAACUCUCUUUUAGAUCAUUUAUUGAAAUCUCGCAAGAACCAAUUAGAUAUGGCUUUUGGAAAAAAACGGGCUUAUUCCAUAUUUCGAAUAUGCAUUUUGUCGGAUAAUCGCUGUUGUUUAGUUAGUUUCCUUUAAGGAUUAUGUGCUUUUUAAAUAGGUCUUCUGAAAAAUGAAGUGAAGAUUCAUAAAUGA